AUGGCAAACCCCGAGCAGUUGGGGGUAACCAGGAGAGUCAGAGUGGGAGGGCUCGCGCUUGUGUUUCCGGAACUAAAGUUCAUAAACUCUGCAAACACGUGCGAAAGGAAACUGGCGCAUGUAGCUUACCGCAGUCUUCUAGUUCUCGUCCAAAGCAGGGCUUCGUUAAAAGUGUGGUCGAGCAAAAAGUCUGUUGAAGCUUUCAUUUGCAAACAGCCGAGAUUCAGCAGCACGUUUGGUUUUAAAGCCCGUUUUGUGGCUCUGAUGGAUGAUUCAGAACCAGCAGCUGUCUCUGGGGCCCAUGUGGGAGAAAAGAGAAGUUUCCCAGAAGAUGACGAUACAAAGGCUCAAUCAAAAAGACCCAAAGUCCAACCUGAGGCGGAGGAGGCUGAGGCUGGGGAUGGAGAUGGGGACGAGCGGGGUGAUGGUGAUGGGGAGGAGGGGGGUGAUGGAGGAUUUGCUGAAAUGAUGAAGCAUGGACUGACAGAGUUGGACGUGGGCAUCACCAAAUAUGUCAGUGAACAUGAAGGCUUCUCUGGAAUCCUAAAGGAAAGAUAUUCUGAUUUUGUGGUCCAUGAAAUCAACAAAGAAGGCAAGAUUGUACAUUUAGACGAUCUAUCCGUUCCUCCAGACGUCGAGGAAACUAAAGAAAUACCGGAGCAGCCAGAUGGAGUCGACGUGUUGACGGAGGAACAGAAAUCCAAGCUUGGAGAGUUGCAACUGUUCAAGAACAAAGAGGAUGACGUUUCCAUAGAAGUGCUGGAAGACACAAAAGAAAAACGAACCCAGAUCCAUAAAGCUGUCAAGACUCAGUUCCCGGGGCUGGAGACAAAGACUGAAGAUCGGGACGGACGCAAGUUCAUCGUGGCGUACCAUGCUGCCGGCAAGAAGGCGCUAGCAGCACCAAGAAAACACUUCUGGCCCAAAAAUCGUGGAAGCUUCUGUCACUUUGUUCUGUACAAGGAAAACAAGGACACUAUGGAUGCCAUCAAUUUGCUUUCAAAGUUUAUCAGGCUCAAGCCAAAUCUAUUCUCAUACAUGGGAACCAAGGACAAGAGGGCCAUCACGGUGCAAGAGAUCGCCGUGCUCAAGGUCACAGCAGAAAGACUGUCUCACCUCAACAAGUGCCUCAUGAACCUCAAGCUCGGGAACUUCUGCUACAAAAAUCACCCGCUGAAACUGGGAGAGCUGCAGGGAAACCACUUCUCCAUAAUCCUCAGGAACAUAACGGGGUCUGACGAUCAGGUCAAUCAGGCCAUGACUUCUCUUCGACUGACAGGUUUCAUUAACUACUACGGCAUGCAGCGCUUCGGGACCACAGCUGUGCCCACAUUUCAAGUCGGAAAGGCUAUUUUGAAAAACGACUGGAAGGAAGUUGUGGAUUUGAUCCUUUUGCCGCGACCAGGAGCGGAGAAGGAGUUCCUGGUUCGCUGCAGGGAGGAGUGGGCGAAGUCUCGGGACCCAGAGGCGGCCUUGAAAAAACUCCCCAACAAGCGCUGUGUGGAGGGCCAACUCCUGAGGGGCCUGUCCAUGUACGGGAAGAAGAACAUCGUGCAGGCGUUUGGGCUGAUCCCACGUAACAACCGCCUCAUGUACAUCCACAGUUACCAGAGUCUGCUGUGGAAUACCAUGGUGAGCCGCAGGAUUGAGGCGUUUGGAUUCAAGCCAGUAGAGGGCGACCUGGUGCUCAGAGGAACCGCAGCUCACGUGUUGACCGCUGAAGAGGCCGCGACCCACUCCAUACAUGACAUUGUGAUGCCUCUGCCCGGGUUUGACGUCAUCUACCCUUCACACCACGUUGGCAGUGGCUACAAAGAGAUGCUGGAGGCAGACGGACUGGACAUCAACAACAUGCGACACAAAAUAAAGGACUACAGUCUGUCGGGGGCCUACAGACGGGUCGUCAUCAGACCCACUGACGUCAGCUGGAGUGUGAUCCAGUACGACGAUGCCAGAGUCUCUCUGGUGCACACGGACGUAGAGAAAAUGGAGAACAAAGCCGCUCCAGUCUUUAACACCGAGGGAAAGUACCGAGCCCUGAGGAUGGAGUUCUCGCUGCCGUCCUCCACUUACGCCACGAUGGCCAUCCGCGAAGUCCUCAAGCUGGACACCAGCAUCAAGAAGCAGACCCAGCUCAACACCACCUGGUACAACUGA